AGUGCCACAACGACUGAUCAUGAACAUGCACUGACAAAGGAUUCCACUACCAAACGGAAAAGAAAAAUAAAGAGCUUCCAAAAGCCGAAACGUGCGGAGCAAAAUCUGUAGCAGAUGCGAAGGAUUCCACGAGAAUGAGAAUAACAAAUUUUGCACUGGUUGGCCCCUCUAUUCCAUGCUUGAUGUGUGAGUGAUGUGGCCAUAAAUUAGACGGCAGCUAAUGAGAUUAUUAUGCGGUCACGCCACGCCACGCCAUGCCAUACUCGAAUCGAACCACAACUUGAGGUUUCCAGCUGCAUACCAUACCAUGCCUGAUGGCAGCAUGGGAAGGAGUCGUCGUCGCCGCCUAGUGAUGGAAGUCGUUUCACGUCGGUUAAAGUGGUGCACUCUGAAAGGGCAGGAGUAGCGAGUCGGCUACUGGGGUGGGUGAGUGGAGUGAGCCAGCAGCAGCCGCGGGGGCACCGAAAGGGGCUUGUCAUGGACAGGGAAACGCCACUUGGACCGUCAUUGGGUCCACUGCUGCACUGCGCAAUUGUAGGCGCCUAGCCGGCCACCAUUUCAGGCUCUCAGCUCGUCACAAGUUCUCAACGAACCCUAUGAAAACUUCGUUUCGAGGCUGCACGUUUGCAAUGUGAGUAAAUAAAAUCAUUUAUUGAAGAUUACAAUUGUAUUUGCAAAUUCAGUUAGCUAGAGGGUAAAUCUUUUUCAGUUACAGUAUCUUUCCUAGGAAAUUCAUACCGAAUUUUGAAUCAUCAUGUUCUGAAUUUGUACUAUCAUACACUACAAAAUUGAUUCAGCCACUAAUUGUUUAGGCUAUCCAAGAUUUCUGCUAAUUAUUUCACAGAAAAUGCUUGCCAUCUCUGCACGGCAAUAGAGGGCGGGUAUCUCGUCCAUCCCUCUUGGUCCCGCACUCUCUCGCGUGGAGCUUAUCUUCCAACGGAUACUUGAACAAAGCUAAUCGCCUUGUCAGACACCCGCAUCCCCACCAUCCAACCCCAACUCAUUCCCGCUAUAUAAACCCUCCACCCAGCGCAGCGGCAACAAGGCAACAACUCGCACUCGUCAAAGCAGAGCGAACUCUAGUGAACAAGCAAGAGGCCGAGACGCCAACGCAAGCUUAGCACAGUCAUGGCGAGCAGCAGGCGGCAGCAGCACAAGGGUUCGUGGUCGUGGACGUCGCGGGUGGCGGCGGCGGCGGACGCGGCGUCGUGGUGCCUGGCGCUGUCGCUGGUGGCGCUGCUGCUGGUGUGCUCGCUCGGGCCCGGUGGCGCCGCCGGCGGCGAGCAGCGGGGUGGUGUGGCGGCGGUGUUGCGCGGCGCGGCGCUGUCGGCGCGGGCGUGCGAGGAGAUCUACGUGGUGGCGGAGGGGGAGACGCUGCACAGCAUCAGCGACAAGUGCGGCGACCCGUACAUCCUGGAGCAGAACCCGCACGUCCACGACCCCGACGACGUCUUCCCCGGCCUCGUCAUCAAGAUCACGCCGUCCAAGCCCAGGUAGAUUACCACAAAUCACAUCGACACGGGAUAUGGACUCCAUCGCCACUCGAGGGAUGAACUGGUCAACGUGUAUGAAACACACAAGUGUUCGUCCGAGAGCAUCGCGCAGGCCUGGAAUGGAUCGAUGCAUCAAAACGCGCGAUCUGGAUUCGAUCGAUGUAUCUCUGCAAAUGUAACUGGCAAGGAACAUCAGUUCUGAUAUGUGAAUAUACACGCGAUCCUAGUGCAAUUCUAUGAGUA